UUCCCAAUUUACCUCAAGCCCCGCAACCAGCAUGGCCACCUCAACCACCUACGUCAACUACGCUAGCCCCGUCCGCAUGCCCAUCACGGAGCGCGUCCCGCUGGGCCUUCGCAUCGCCCAAGCCAGCGCGGGUGCGCUGAGCUGCCUCAGCCUCGCCAUCUCGCUGCAUUGGAGCGUUGGCUUUUUCGUGGCCUUCCUCGCCGUCAUCAUGGCGAUUGCCAACUCGACUGCGUGGCUGCUCGUCCGGUACCGCGGCCGCAACCCGCCGGCCAAGCCGUACCUCUUGGACGGUCUCUCGGCGGCCGGUCUUCUCAUCGGUGGCAUUUGGCUCGCGGCCACCGAAGACGCUGCGUUCACGGUCACGUUCAUGUGCAUUGGCAGCCUCCUCUUCGUGACCAUGAUGGUCUGGAACAAGUUCCGCCCGCAGACCAAGAAGGUGACGCUGGUCGUGUCGCCCAAGGCGGACAAGGACGACGACGAGAUGACCCACAACGCGUACGUUGUGCUCGAGACCCCCGGCCGGUCCCUCGAGUGCGUCAUUUAAGUCCAUCCUAUUUAAUUAGCCUCAUCCACCUCCUAUCUAUAAACACGCAAUCUAUCCGUCGUCAUCUUC